CAAUGCCCUUCAUUUGACGCGUAAUUUUUAACGUCGUAAACCUCAACGUUCGCAUUUUCACCCUGAUCUUCUUUGCACUCUUCCUUGUUCGGGCUCCGUGAAGAAAACCCUGUUUUUUCAUCACAUUCAACCUGACCCAUGCAUGAAUGCAAUCAGUUUGCACGCCAUAUUUUGCUUGGAAGAGGUGUACUAACCCUGUAUUCAACCAUUCCAAGAGUCCAUAUCAGUUUUCCUUUGCUGUAGAGACAUUACCCUCCCAAGUUUUUAAAUUUCUUUUGAUCUCAUUCUGCCCAUAGGCAUUAAUUCUGCAAGGGAGUUCUAGUUUAUUUGAAGAGAUGAGUGGGACUCUCAUUAGGGCUGAGCAGCAACAAGGUUUGUCAUCAGGCCGGGCAGGGGGAGGAGGUGUUGUGGACAAAGGUGCAGACUUUGCCAAUUAUUUUUGCACUUAUGCAUUUCUAUAUCACCAGAAAGAAAUGCUCUCUGAUAGAGUGAGGAUGGAUGCAUACUACACCGCUAUUUUUGAGAACAAGCAUCACUUCGAAGGCAAGACUGUUUUGGAUGUAGGCACAGGCAGUGGUAUCUUGGCAAUUUGGUGUGCACAAGCUGGUGCAAGGAAAGUAUAUGCUGUUGAAGCAACCAAAAUGGCAGAUCAUGCUCGUCAACUUGUGGCAGGAAAUGACAUGACCCACAUUGUUGAUGUAAUGAUAGGAUCAAUGGAGGAUAUUGUCUUACCUGAGAAAGUUGAUGUUAUUAUCUCUGAGUGGAUGGGAUAUUUCCUCUUACGCGAGUCUAUGUUCGAUUCUGUGAUUUGUGCCCGUGAUCGGUGGUUAAAGCCUGAUGGAGUCAUGUAUCCCAGCCAUGCACGAAUGUGGUUAGCACCAAUCAGAUCUGGUCAAGGAGAACAAAAGUUGCUAGAUUAUGAAAAUGCUGUGACGGACUGGAAUAACUUUAUAGAGGAUACCAAUGACUUUUAUGGUGUUGAUAUGAGCAUCCUAACACAGCCCUAUUGCGAAGAGCAAAAGAAGUAUUAUCUACAGACCUCUCUUUGGAACAAUCUUCAUCCACAUCAAAUAAUUGGCACCCCUGCCAUUGUGAAAAAAAUGGAUUGUCUGAGUGCUACUGUAGAUGAAAUUUCUAGUGUACAGUCAGACUAUACAAUUCCCUUUACACUUGAACAAGGGAGAUUCAGUGGAUUUGCUGGAUGGUUUGAUGUUCAUUUUCAAGGAAGUGCUUCCAGUCCAGCAACUCGUGUAGUUGAGUUAACAACUGCUCCUAGCACAGAUAAUCCAACUCACUGGGGUCAGCAGGUGUUUUUGUUGAAUCCUCCCACACGAGUAAGCAGAGGGGAUUUCCUAGAAGGAACUUUCACCAUGACUCGCUCCAAAGAGAAUCAUCGUUUGAUGGAUGUCCAGUUUCAAUAUAAAUCAACACUUUCAUCUGGAGAAACAUCGGAUCCUGUAACAUUAAAUUAUUGCAUAGAAUAAUUGUCUCAUCUCAAUGAACUGGUAUUAUCCAAAGAGAUGGUGUGAAUUGACAUUCGGAUCGCAUAUGCUGAUAUAUCAGCCAUGUACAACUUCUGAAUGUGCUAAAAAUCCGAAGAAUCUGAUAUAUCUCAUUUGUAAAUUAUUUGAGAACAUUGAGGAAAUGAGGUCUUGUUGCCUGGGGCUAUAGGUGCAGUUAAAUUAUUAAUCUCCACAAUUAUGAAUUAGGCUUGGCAAGCUGCCAUUUUUGUCUCA